AUGCUUCAGCGGGCCACAGCUUUUGGUGGUACCUUUCCGACUUCCGUGCGUAAGUUUAUACGAACCAUUGAACGCAAGUUAGCAUCGAUGGCGAGUGUGGAGGUGGGAAAAAAAUGUGCGGCCUAUAAGGCAGUUGAUGAGUGGCUUAUGGAUGAACAGGUUGUUGGUAUCGGUAGUGGCACGACGGUCGUGUAUGCUGUAGAAAGAAUAGCGGAGCUGGUUACAAAGCAUCAAUAUAAAAUUCAGUGCAUACCAACAUCCUAUCAAGCUCUUCAGUUAAUAAAGGCAGCUAAACUGCCUCUUACCUCUUUGACAGACCAUCCUUUGUUGGAUGUUGCCUUUGACGGAGUUGAUGAGAUUACUCGUGAAUUUGCAUCUAUCAAAGGCGGUGGUGGUUGCCUUAUUCAAGAAAAGAUAGUCGAUGCAAAUGCCAAGUACUUCAUCGCGGUAGCCGAUGAGGGUAAGCUGUCAAAAUACCUUGGUGAACAUUGGGCUCGCGGACUCCCAAUUGAAGUUAUUCCUAUUGCAGCGACUCCGAUUAAACUGGAAAUUGAGAAGAGAUUCGGUGGCGAAGUCAAUAUAAGAAUGGGAGUCGCAAAAAUGGGUCCAGUUAUUAGUGAUAAUGGAAACUUUAUUAUGGAUUGGAAAUUUGAGCCCACUCCAUCAAUUGAUUGGCAGCAGAUAAAUGUGGAGCUUCACAUGAUUCCUGGAGUUGUUGGCACUGGUCUCUUCCUAGGCACAGCUCACCAAGCUUAUUUGGGCACGACGGAUGGAAGAGUCUCAGUAUUGAAAAAUCCCAAUGGCUAG